CCCUGUUUUGGGAAUUUUUAUUUAUGGCACGCGCGUUCACGACGUGCUCUCUGGCUCUAUCACGCUGUCACCGACUACAAUGUCAAACCUUUUAGGAGUAUCGCGAGCUUCCGUUUUCACUCCAAGGGUAGAAGAUCCGUCGUGAUUUAUUUGUUUCUUUAUUUCUGACUCCCUCUCCAAGUGAUAUUUUGCUCCAAAGUGAUGAUAUCUUCACAAUAACCCAAGCUUAAGGUCUAUGUUAGAGCAAGGAAGACUGGAAUGGAGGUGACAAGGCGGAGAGACUCCAGUGGCCAGUUCUCUGACAACUCUGACCAUGACUGUGAGGUACAGAGGUAAGCAGCCUGAAGUGUAACGAAUGUGGGAAAAACAGGGCAAUAAUGGCCAGAUACUCAGAGGGCUAUGGCACUGAGGAGGAGUGCGUCCAGUCCGAUCCUCAGCGAGAGAGCGAUGCAGAUGCAGACGUAGAGGAUGCAGACACCAGACUACAGGUGGUGGGCUCUCUGCAGAGAAUCAGCUCUCGGAAGCGAAGGCGCCAGCGAGUAACCAGGCAAGACACUACAGAGAGCGAGGAUGAUGGCGGACAGAGCCACAGGAACCACCGCUGGAAUCUGAGAUUGAGUCCUCAUCGCUCACCCAACAGAACCAUACUAGAGGAAAGCGUUUCUCAGGUUAGGCCGUUGGUGAUUUGUCACUGUAACCCAGCAGAUACCCCGACUGCUUCAGACAUCCACCCCAGCGAAGGAAAAUGGUGGACGAACAUAUGGCCUUCCUCUUUCUCUUUACCGCUGUUCUUCUUCCUCUUUCUCCUCCCCCUCUGUAUUUCAAUCAUAAUCGUGUUCUUUUCAUUCCUCUUCCCACUUACAAAUACCUGACACACUCCCCUGUAACAAAUUACUCAAGGAACACCCCCCCCCCCCCUCCCUUUUUUUUUCUUUUGGUUGUUGUUGUUGAUUCGUAUUUUAUGAGAAGCACAAAAAUCGGCUUGUCGCCUUGAAAUGAAACUGUAACAUCUGGUACAUGUUAGCUAGUGGAUAUUCAUUGCAUUCAUGAUUUCGAGUUUACAAUGUCUGCAGUUUUAGUAGUCUGACAGAAUGCUGUAAUUCACUCCUUAUGCCUUUUCUGUUGUCUUAACUGAACUGUCAAUGUUUUAUCACCCACAAUAACCCAUCGUAUUCCAUUAAUUAAUGGAUAUAUUCAAAAAAAAAAAAAAAAAAAAGAAAAACUCCUAAUUCAAUUAUUAAUUUGCUGUUUAGUACGGCUUGUCCGAAGCGUCAUCAUGUGCUCAAAUGUUUGCUCAGAUGUUAUUUUUUACGCCACUGCAUACAUGUGUACGUAUAGACGCUCGAGUCUUUGAGGGCCAACGCAUCACACGUGUAAAAGAUUGAAACAAAAUUACUAUGCAAUGUACAGACAAGUCUUUUAGGGUAUGUUUAUGAUAAAAAUACACCUUUUUUGUAUUUUAUUUUGUGAAUGCAUGGCUGAAGCGAUAUUAAGCAAAACCUCAACUGAUGCAUCAAAUCUGCUAUAAGUGGCCAAGCUUAAUACUUUACACAUCGUUUCACGUCGUCCUCAUCAUUAAAGAUUUAAGUGCAUCCUGAACUCUUUUUUUUCCUUCCUCUAUGCUUUUUUUUUUUUUAUGUUACAUCUUAAUAACAGCCCUGAUGCAAUCGCUCAGGCAUUCCUAUUCAGUAUUAUUAAAUGUUUAUGCUAUUGAUUUUGUGCUUUAAUAGCUGCACAAGCUCCAUCAUGUUUCUGUCUGUGUCACCAUCUCAUGCGUUUCCUCUUCAGCUUUAAAAUGAAAAAUGAGGUGUGUAUUUGAAAACUUUUGGGUCCAUUUGAACAUAAAUAAAGAAAAUUGUUUGAAAGCA